AUGAAAAAGAGAAAAAUAAAGGAGAAACAUAUAAAGGCUUUAUUCAGGGAAGUCGAUAAGGAAACAAUAGAGAAGUUACUCCAAAACUCCAAGCAAUAUCUUAGUUCAUUCAUAAAUCAUGAUGUGUACAUUUUGAAUAAGAAAUUUUACAAAUUUAAAAGUCAAGAUGAGUCUAGCUUACGUAAGACAUUGCUGCUGUAUUUAUAUAGGCAUAACUUUUACGUGCCUAAGAAAAUAAGGAGAAUCAUUUUCAAAAAAUUUCUUCUUCAAAAUGAAGUCAAAGAUAUCCAUAAUUUCAACUACAGCAUAUACCUUUUGUUGUCUUAUUUAAAGAACCCGAACAUCAAUGAAGCAAUGCAGAAAAUUAUCGACUUGGACGUAUUCAGAACAAGAAUUAAUAAAGAAAAUGAAAAGACGAUUUACUUCUUUAACCUUUUUUUAAAUUAUGCUUGUAACCAUUUUCAGUUUAAGUAUAAACAGGGGCUAAACGAGGUUUUAGCCCUCUUUUUUUAUCUGAAGGGUAAAUGCUUUAACAUGGUUGAUAUCUAUUUCUGCUUUCAGAACUUCGUCGAGAGAUUUCUGAAGGAGUUUUAUUAUGAUGACGAGUUUUUCUUUUUGCAAAUAUCGUUCUACUUGUUUAAAUUUUUGAUUAAGUAUCAUGACCCCUUGUUGUCCGAGGUUCUAGAGAAGAACAAGAUGUCCCCAGAAAUUUAUGCAGCCUCGUGGUUUUUAACUCUCUUUGCUUCAAAGAGCAAUUUGGAAAUUUCGAACGCUAUCUAUUUGAUCUUUGUAUUAGAACGCAAUCCGUUUUUCUAUUUUUUCUUUUCUCUGGCACUUUUGAUCCUCCACAGAAACAUAUUUCUAUGCAUCGAUAGUUCGAAUUUACCUGAACUGUUAAGUAAAAUAAACAUUUUUAAUAAAAAGUUUUUGAAAAAAGUAUGGUCUUUAGGAAAGUUCCUCGAAACCAAUACUCCUGUAUCCUUUGUUUAUAAAUUAUUUUUCAUUAAAAAUGUGUUAAUAUAUUUGACGAAUGAAAAUUCCGUGGAGAACCAUCAUAAAAAGGAUGUUUUGUUGAAUUUUUUUAAAUCCAUUGAUUAUAUGUCCAUAAAUCCGUAUGAAAUAAUGAAAGAUAUAUCUCUAGGAAAGCACAAUUACAUAUUUUUGGAUAUCCGAUCCAAAAGGCAUUUUAGAACGUUUCAUUUAGAAAAUUCAGUAAACAUAGAAUUGGUGGGUAACUUCGUGGACGUGUUGAGAGCGGAUGAGAAGAAGAAAGAGAAGACAAAGAAGACGAUGAAGAAGAGAAUGGAGAAAAGAAUAGAGAAGCGAAUGAAGAAGAGGAAGAAAAUACGAGUCCAAAAAAGAACAGUCCACAUUUUGAAACAAUAUGGGGAUAGAGAAAUUGCACAAAAUGGCAUGAUUCUUUUUUCCCAUUUGUUGGGAGAAAAAUAUAAUUUCAAAAUUAACCUAAGUUACGAUGAUAAUAUUUUGUUAAAAAAAUCGAUUUUUUUAAAUUUGCAGAGAAAUGAAAAACAAGUAAAUUCUGUAGCAUCAGAAAUGAAUGAACAACUCAGGGUCUGUGAAGAAAAAUGGCAACAAAUGGGAGGACGACGAGGAGGAGGCAAAAGCGAGAGGAACAACAAGAAGAAGACGAGGAAGAGGAAGAAGAAGAAUAAGAAGAGAAGAGAAAACAAUAACCAAAAUGGUGAUGAAAACAAUAAUCAAAAUGGUGAUGAAAACAAUAACCAAAAUGGUGAUGCAAAUUACAACGAAAACAACAAGGAGUGCAAAAAGGAAGAAUUGUUUCAAAACCUUUGUAGGCUCAAAGGCGAAAGGAACAAAGCGAUCGAUUUGCACGCAUUCCACUGCAACAUCUACAAAAGGAGAAGCCACACACAUGGAUUAGGUAAUAAUUGCAAAAUUAAACUUAGAACCCGUGAACGGGUAAAGCAAAAGUAUGUAGAAGAGAGGAAAAUAAAAUGUCUUAAAAAAUACAAUUCAGAUGAUGAUGUUUUGUCAAAACCGUUUAGCUUGACUUACUAUCAGGUUAAGAACAAUUUUCUUUCGAAAGUGGAGUUUGAUGUUGCGAAAAAAAGGUUAAGUAGAGUGGAGUCACGAAUGGGUAGUGCAAAGUUAGACAAAUGCAUGGAGGGAGAAAAUCAUAAUUCUCAACUUGGCCUAAAUGAUUCCCAAGUUGGCUUAAAAGAUCCCCAAGUUGGCCUAAAUGGUUCCGAAGUUGGCUUAAAAGAUCCCCAAGUUGGCCUAAAUGGUUCCGAAGUUGGCUUAAAAGAUCCCCAAGUUGGCCUAAAUGAUUCCCAAGUUGGCUUAAAGGAUCCCCAAGUUGGUCUAAAUGGUUCCGAAGUUGGCUUAAAAGAUCCCCAAGUUGGCCUAAAUGGUUCCGAAGUUGGCUUAAAAGAUCCCCAAGUUGGCCUAAAUGAUUCCCAAGUUGGCUUAAAGGAUCCCCAAGUUGGUCUAAAUGAUUCCCAAAUUGGCUUGAAUAACCCACAUGGUAACAACUGUUCGGGUAUUUCCCCGCCUCCUCCUGCUCCAAAAAAGGACGAACUCUCCAUUAUGAACACAAAAGAAUCUGUGGAUUCUCCAAAUGAGAACCACAGGAGAUGCAAAAACAAGUCUAGUUAUGAUGAUAAAUUAGAACAUGCUUUAAAUAUAAGUUCUUUCAAUUUGUAUAUUUUAAUAAAAGAAAAGGUGCUGUGUAAUGAAAACAGCUUAACCUUCUUAUUUGAAAAUGUGAUAACCCCUGAGAAGAGAAUUGUCAUUAUGUAUGAUGAUGAUUUUAACAAUGCUAAGAAUGUACGAGGAUUUUAUUAUGAACUGUUGUUUAAUUUGAAAUUCAGAAAUGUGUCUAUUAUUGAAGGUGGUAUAAAUUCAUAUCACAAUUUGAUGAAGUCUAAUGUUGUGGAUGUCAACAAGAAUAUGCAUUUGUCUACACAUCUUACUUUAGUCACAACUUCUACCGAAUCGAAUGUGGGAAAAAAACGAGACCAUGGUGAUAUUUCUUAUUUACGCACACAACAUUGCCAUCUUAACAAAAACAAAAGGGUAUUAAAAUAUUUCUACCACCCUAAUGAUAAGGAGUGCUACCUUUGCAAUUAUAAACAUUUUAAAAAAUCCCAAAAAAAAAUUUUAGAUGAAUUUUUUUUUGAAAUUUAUAAUAAUUAUAAAAUUUUUGAUGAUUUUCUUGCUUUUCUAACCAAUCAAAGGGACAAUGUUUAUUUUUUCUCCUUUUUUAAUCUCAUUACUCAGAAGAUAAAUAUGGAUAAAAGAAGAAAUGAAAAUAGAAAAGAUAAUAAUGUGGGAUCGUCCUUUACCUUUUCUGGUUUAUUAAAUUAUAUUAAGAGGAAGAAAGGUGGUGAUAAUAAUGAAACGAACACUUCCAAUCAUUCAUCAUCUCAGUUUACAAAUAGUCCAAGGGAUAAUAACUUCUUCCAUUCUGAACGUGCAUUAGAUGCACACGUGAAUACAUUUGUAUCUGAAAAAAAAUUCAGUGAUUCCACAAAUGGAGGGGAAGGGGGCGAUAUACACAUCUGUAACAAUGCCAAAGUGAAGAAGGACUAUUUUAGCAUAAAUUAUUUUAUCGAUUAUUAUAACAGGAAGAAGAGUGAAUUGUUGAAUGCAGCGCUGCCAGAGGUAGGUGGAGCCAAAUAUGCUGGGGUGGGUGCCACUGAGAGAAAUACUGCUGCAGCAAAUAUAUUAGCAUCAUUAGACACUAGUCUAGUUAAGAAUCCGUGUGAUGAGGGGAAAAGAAAUGAACUUGAUCAGGAGCAGGAAAUUUACAACACUGCUUUUAGCAAUAACCAUGAAGAGGAAAUCAGAUCGAACAUCUGGAAUGGUGAACAGUGCAUGGAAGAAGGAGAAGAAGAACCAUUCCGAGAAGUACCAUCUGAAGAGCAGUUUGAUUUUCAAAAUGGUUUUCAAAAUGGUUUUCAAAAUGGUUUUCAAAAUGAUCUUCAAAAGAAAAAAAUGUCGUUUAACAUCGAUAGCUCCUCAGAGAGGAUGGGGCCACGUUAUUCAUCCAGUUCAGAUGUUUACAAUUUGUACUCCUACGUCGAUGUAGUUUGUUAUAGGAGUUUGUUGUUGAAGGGAGGUCAGCACCCAUCUGGAGAGAACUCUUCGAAUGGUGAGAUGAUGAAUAGAUCAAACCAGAAAGGACCCAUUCGAAAAAUAUACAAUUGUUUCAUAAAUUACAUAUUCCAACCAUUGAUCCCGCAUAACAUUAGAUCUAACAAUAUCGUUAGUAACCUAGUGCACUAUGUUAAAUAUUUCAAGAGCAUGAAACGAGAGAAUAAUCCUAUCAAUGAUCCAAAUCUUUAUCUGAAUUGUAACACAUUAGACUCCAACCUAUUUUUCAACUUGUCAUGUUUUCCCUUUAGUAACAUUGGCAAUAUUCAUUCAUUACAUAAUAUGAAUACAAAGAAUAGUGGAAGCAAAAGUUUUGAAAAGAGAAAAGUAGAUGACCUCUGUCAUCUUGCUGCUACUGAAGAAUUCACUUCCGGAGCGAAUACCUGCAUGGGUAUAGCCCGGGAUCCGAUGGGAGCGGUUGAAAAGUUGGAGAAUGUUGAAAAAUUCGCUCAAGACGAACGAAAGAACAGCACCGAUUGGCGUGACGAACUAGUAAGCGAUUCCAUUUUGAACAACACGUGCAUAAAAAAUAAACCUGAAUUAGGUCUAUGUAAGCUCAUGAUAUAUGACCAUUUGCUUAUAUUGUAUGGUACUCCAUAUUUAUAUGAAGUAAAUGUAUUACUUAGGGAAGGAGACAAAAGGGAUGGAAGAAAUGGUGUCUCAAACGAGAGUACUGGAGAAGAUCCAAGUGAAAGUUUAAGUGGAUGGUGCAUAGACAAACAAAGGGAAACACACGUCUCCUCUUUGGAUGACGUGGGGACAAGGAACUUUUUAAAAGAAAAAGAAGAAUACAUGAAGAAGGAAAAUGGAGAAAAAGAUUGGGAUUACAUAUGUUUACACAAAUACUGUGAGCAAAGAGAAACACUAGAAAAGGUACUAAUCCAUAAGUAUAAAGAUUUAAAAAAGAAAGAUGUUCUCUUUACUAUUGACAGUUACAAAAUGAAGGGUGUUGAUAUAAACUGGGCUGAUUUAGCAACUCAUAUAUUUCAUAGUAUUACAAAGGAACAUAUUUCAGACACGUAUAAUUACUACAAAUCUUAUUUUACCAUGUCUAGAAACAACAUGUCUGAUGCAGAUGAGUGCAAGUGCACCUCUGCUAGUAGUUCUCAAUCGAGGGGGAACUCUUCCUGCUCGUCUUGUGUAUCAAGUGAACAUGAUUUUUCCUUUUCAGAUUAUCAUAGUUUAUAUGCAAAGAAUGUGAAAGGGAUGAAGCACGACAUGAGAAGGCGAUCUGACGUGGGAAAUCGGCCCGAUGUGGGAAAUCAGCUCGAUGUGAGGUAUCAACCCAGUGUGGGAAAUCAGGCCGAUGUGAGAUAUCAACCCAGUGUGGGAUAUCAGGCCGAUGUGAGAUAUCAACCCAGUGUGGGAUAUCAGACAGAUGUGAGGUAUCAACCCAGUGUGAACAUAGGGAUUCCCCUCCCUAGAAUUGCUCCUCCCCACAGAUUGCAAUACAGAAAGAUGAAAAUAGAUGUGAUUAACGUUUAUGCAGUGUUUGACAUUCACGCUAUUUACAGAAUAAGCACCAAGAGUAGUUACGAGAAGACACUUUACUUUUAUUUUUUCACCAACAAAAAUACUCCCCUAAUGGUCUUAAACUUCGAAAGCGAUGAGGAGGCGCAGUCUUGUAUUCACUCCAUUAGAGAAAUAUACUCUCGCUUUGUAAACGAUGCAGGAAAUAAGGAAUAA